AUGACAGACGCUCCUUUAACUGCAGCCCAAAAGGCCGAGUUCUCUGAAUGCUUCAAAGUGUUUGCUGGCCGAGGAAGUCAUGGACACAUUGGUGCCAAGGAACUCAUGAACGCCAUGAAGUCUGUUGGAUUGAACCCUACUGAGGCUGAAGUGACUUCUCUCAUCAACGAAGUCGACACCACUGGCAAAGGCAACAUCACCGAAGACCAAUUCUUGGUUAUGAUGGCUCACAAAACCAAGGGUGGUCAAGCUCACGAAGACGAACGAGAAUUCCGAGCUGCUUUCAACUUAUUGGAUGCCGAUCAAGACGGCCGUAUCUCUGCCACCGAACUCAGAACCAUCUUGAAGGGCUUUGGCGAAGACCUCACUACUGACGAAGUCGACGAAUUGAUCAAGGAACACGAUGUAGACGGUGACGGUUACCUCGGUUAUGAAGAGUUUGUCAAGAUGUUGAGACACCAUUAG